AUGAUAUUACGAGCUAUCCUAUUCUUCAUUUUGUUUGUCAUCCAUGUCAUCAUUAUUCAUGCACACAGGCAAACUAUUGUUGUGAGUGAUUUGCAUAUAGGAGGACCUUGGUUUCAAACUAAACAGUCGAGACAUAAUUUAAAGCAAUUCCUCUAUGAUUUGGCAAGAACGGAAUCAAAGGUAAGAGGAGAGAAUGGUCCUCCUCUUACUAAUAUUGUUAUUAAUGGUGAUUUCUUUGAAUUUUGGUUGGAUAAAGUAGACGAAAUGCCAAUUAAAAAUACAGAACUCUUUGUGAGUACGGAAAGAUUCGGAGCAGAUAUUAAGAAAAUCCUUCAAGCACUAAGAGCUGCCUCAGAUUUCAAUCAAGCAAGAGUAGUUCUUACUCAAGGAAAUCACGAUAUGGAAAUAUCCAAUUCUGAUUUGGAAAUGUUACGAAAUGAAUAUGCAUUUGAUAGAUUAUUCUAUAAGACUGAAUAUUCAGAUACAGGUGUAAGAUUUGAACAUGGACACAAACGUGAUUUCUUCAAUGCACCACAUCCAGAUAAUAUUCGUCCACUAGGUUAUUACAUUGCCAGAGCUUCCAUAACAAGUGGUGUAACAUCAGCUCCAGGUGUAUUGAAAAACUUUUGUUCACUCUUGGCCUAUUUCAUUGGAAACUUUGCAACUGGUACUUGGGGUGAUGUUCUUCAUGUUUCUGCCAUUAAGAAGGCAUUUGGAGAUUAUCCCUACAAUAGUACAACUGUCUUUAAGGGAGGUUGUUUUUGGGGUAAUUGUGAUAAUUGUGAUGUUACAGUUGAGUUGGCCAAUAGAAAAUACUCAUAUUUGAGAACUAGAUAUACAGCUAAUUAUACAAGUGGUGAAGUGAAUGAUAUGGUCAGAGCUAGUUGUGAUGAUUAUUCACCAAUUCUGACCAGAAUAACCGAUCCAAAACAAGAUAAGAUUGUGGUGAUGGGUCAUACGCAUAAACCACUUUUAAAAUUACUGGAAAGCAAAUCAGGUGCUCAAUUUUUACAUGUCAAUACAGGUGCAUGGAUUGAUGGAUCAUCUUAUGAUUAUGUGAAAAUUUAUUACAGAUAUGAAGAGUCAAUUGGUGAAGAAGUUGCCUAUCUAGUUGAAAGAUACCAAUACAAUACAACCUCUCCACAACUAAUUGAGUCAAUUAACACAACCUUUCUCUACUCUGAAGAAAAUCUUGCAAGAAAAUCCUCAAGAAAUAUUGAAAAUCAAUUGGUAACUGUUCCGUCAGAGUGGACAUGUCCACCCUCUCAAUAUUUAGAUGGUAAAUCAUGUCAUUGUGGAUGUGGAGCAUAUGAUCCAGAUUGUGACAAUGCUAAACUCUUUGAAAUUAAUAAUUGUCCAAAGUCAUCAAACCAAAUGUCAUCCGUACAAGAACUUGAACGUAAAAGAUUGGCAGCCAUCUACGGAGGUGAUGAGGAAGAAACAGAUAACAAUAACCCUUCCUCAUCAGAUGAUGAAGAAGAGAAACCAACAACAAAUGAUAAAUCACCUCAAGUGGUCGCCACAGCUGCAGCUGCCACUUCAACCACUUCACCUCUUGUCAAUCGAUCAGCAGCUAGAAAACAACUUUUUGGAGGAGCCAUGAAAAAUUUGAAGAAAUCAAUGAGUACAUUUGCUGGUAAAGAAACUUCUUCUUCUUCUGAAGAGAAACCAGCUGCUACUAAAUUUUCCACAGCCAUUCGUGUGAUGCGUUCGAUAAAGGAAAUGCACUCACGUGUAUCAAUUUUGGUUGAUGAUGUUGCAGAAAAGAUGGAUUUAGAUAAAGCAUUGGAAACUCCAGAUAUUAUCUUGAAUCAGGAUGAAUUAUUUGAGGGUGCAGGUGAAAGUGCUGGUUUAACUAUUUAUCAUCUUGUGAAAAUGAUUCCAAUUCAAGUACCUGAAGAAGAACAUGGAAAAUUCAAUUCAUCUGAUUGUUAUAUUUGUGUUUAUGCUUUUGAAGCUCAAGAUGAUGAACAUCGUUUAAAGAGGAUUCACUAUUGGAUUGGUAAGAAUGCCAAUACUAUGAAACAAGCUGUUUGUGCCUUCUUGGCUGAUGAAUUGGCAAAGAGAAUUAAAGCUUCUCUCUAUAGAGAAGAAGAAAGAGAUGAAUCUGAGGAUUUCCUCGAAUAUUUUGAUCAUCACAUUGAAUAUAGAGAUAUGAACACAACUGAAGAAACUUUGCUCAAAGUUACAAAACCUGCUUUCAAACCACGUUUAAUGAAAGUUGAUGCCGAUCACAAACGUCGUUUACUUGUAAAGAGAGUUCCACUUUCACUCAAGGAAAUUCAAUCAGAAUCAUCCAAUAAGGAUGUUUUUAUUAUUGAAAAUGAAGAAAAUGUCUAUGUUUGGAUUGGAAGUGAAGCAAGUAAGCUUGAACAAUUGAAAGGUGUCGAUGUUGCUCGUAACAUUAUUCACGAUGAUAGAAAAGGAAAAGGUGAAGUUAAAAUUAUUUCACAAGGUCAAGAAUCUGAAUAUCCUGAUAUUAUUCAAACUUUCACUGAAUAUGGUAUUGUUCAUGAAAAGACUGAUGCUUCACAAGAUGCUGCAACCCUUUUCAGUGUUUCUGUUCUCUCAGUCGAAGAUAAAAAGUAUGAUAUUGCCAAAGUUGCUGCUGGUGAAUUGAAACGUGACAUGUUGGACGAAGAAAAGGUUUACUUGUUGGAAACAAAGAGUGAACUUUAUAUAUGGUUUGGUAAGAAAUCCAAAUAUGUUGAUAGAAAGUGUGGUGAAGCUUUGGCUAAAACCAUUCAAGAAUCCACACCUGAUAUUUUUGAAACUCACAGUUGUUUCUCUGAUUCUGAACCUGUUUUAUUCAGAGAGAGAUUCUUACUUGGUUUCUACUUGUAUGAUACCCCAGAAAUUUAUGAAAAGAAGAGAAGAGAAUUGGCAACAAUUUGUGAUGAUGAAUUUGAUAAGCAAGAAAUUGAUAUCAAGGUUGAAGACUUUGAUUAUAAGGAAAAAUUGGAUUAUGUUGAUCCUGAUGAUGAAGGUACAGGUACUGUUCAAAUUUGGAGAGUUGUCGAUGCCAACUAUGCUGAACCAGUUCCAGAAGAAGAAUUGGGUAACUUUUACUCUGAAGAUUGUUACUUGAUUCUCUAUGAAUGGAAUCGUUCUGAUCAAUUCGCUGAUGAAGAUGAAGAAGAGGAAGGAGAAGCCCCACCUGAAGAAGAAGUACCAGAAGAUGAUUACUAUCCAGAACCUAAAUAUAAGGGAUAUGAAUCUGAUGAUUCCGAUUCAUUGGAAGCUAGAAUGAAACUCAUUGAUGGUAUGGGUGUUAAGGUUUCUGAAGCUGAAGCACCUGUUGUUGUUCCAAAGAAAAAGUAUGAAAUUAAGAAGCAAGAAGAACCAGAAGAACAAGAAGAACAAGAGGAACAACUCAUUGUUAAACCACUCAAUAUUAAGAAGAAGAAGAUUUUCUAUCUUCCAAGAAGAAUUCUCUAUUGUUGGGAAGGUUCUGAAAGUAAGCAAGUUGUCAGUGCUCGUAUUUUGAAGAGAAACUUCCAAAACUUUGCCUCUGAUCCAAUCAAUCCAGCUAAGAUUGUUACUCAAAAGGAAGGUAAAGAAAACGAUCACUUUAUGAAGAUCUUUGAACAUAUCAUGACCAUUCACAAUGGUUCUAUGUCUAAUAAGCGUUCAGUUUCUGCCCUCUACAGAAUCUAUUGUAAGACUGUUAGAAAUUCAAAGGCCAUUCAAGUUGAAAAGAAGAGAACCAAUUUGAAUUCAAAUGAUGUCUAUAUCUUGUUGGGCUUGAGAACUGCCUAUUUGUGGGUUGGUAUUUACUCGAGUGGUAAGAAGAAGGAAAUUGCCUUCAAACUUGCCCAAUCUUUAAUUGGAAACAGAGAUGUCUCUGCCAUUGAUGAAGGUUUCGAACCAGAAGAAUUCUGGGAAUUGUUCCCUGAAUCCGAUAAUCAAUAUGUUGAUUAUGUUACUGAAAGAUUGAACUAUCCAAGAGGUAUAGUCAUGGAAUGUUCCAUUAUUCAAAAUAAUGAAUUCAGAUUAAUGAGUGUUGGUGAAGUUGGUCAACAAUUCUUACAACAAGAUUUGAAUAAUUCACAUCAAAUCUUGAUUGUCGACUAUUCUGAGGUUAUCUUUAUUUGGUAUCCAUGUACUCCAUCUACUGCCUUGAGACAACUAGUUCUCAAGGGUGUUGCCACACUUUUACAAGAAGAUUUGAAUGAAGAAAUUGAAGAAGACGAAAAAUCAAAACCACAAGAAGGUGAAGAACCAACCGAAGAAGAACUCGAAAUUAACAACAAGACCAUUCAAUCUCUUAACAAGUAUGAAGGUGAAGAAACAGCUCCUGAAAUUCCACGAUUCCCAAGAUCAGUUGUAGUUUAUGAAGUUGAACGAGGACUCGAACCAAAAGAAUUCAAGAGUGGUUUCCCAGUUUGGAGAGCAGAGAAACACUACGUCGAUCAACACGAAGACACUCUCAAGAAGGAAAAGGAAAGUGAAAGCAAAUUAAUUGCCAAAUCAUUGCCAUUCCUUCAAAUUAUCAGAGAAAAGUAUCCUUUCCUCAUUACUAAUGAUGAAUUUGUCAAUGUGCACAAUAUGGUUCACAUUGUAAAACUUGCACGUCUCUGUAACAAUAAUUACAUGAUGCUCAUGAAUAAUUUGGAACAAUUGGAAGAGGAAUAUAGAGAAGUCAUUGAUUUUGGUUCUCAUUUCGAAUCAUUUGCCAGCGAUUUAUUCAAAUUCAUUGUCACCAACAAGAUUCAAUAAGUUUCAAUUAUGAGAUUAGUGUAAAAUUUAAAAAAUAAACUUCCAUUCAAAGUAAUUAAUUAUAAAA